AGUAAUGACCGCCGGGAGCAGUUGGAUCGUCCCAAUCAUUCUUCUGGCCACUCCGCUGGCCGUUCAGAUGGUCAAACGAGACGAUUUUAAAACUUGCGAGCAGAGUGCAUUUUGCAAACAGCAUAGAGCUAUAACAGUGAGGCGUGGGUCUCAAAACCAUCAUAACUGGAGUCUUCAGGAGCCAACUGGCUAUGAACUUCUUGCUGACUCCAUCACACACCACGGCGCAGUUUGGACGGCCAAUGUUCGCAAUUCCCAGAACACACUCAAGAUCAAUGUUAUAGGAUUGGCAGAUUCAACAGUGCGUGUCCAGAUUGAUGAGCCUGAAAGUGCAAUCCGAAAGCGUUAUGUUCCGAAUCCAGCAUUGGUUUCUCUUCCAGAAGAACUAGAAUUUUCUAGUGUCGAGAAUGGAGAUCAAGAGGCUAAGAUUAUUGGAGGAAAUAAAAAAUUGAAAGUUGUAGUCACCUAUAAACCAUUCCUCGUCAGCAUUUUUAACGAAUUUGAUGAGCUCGUUGCUCAACUUAAUAGGGAUGGAAAACUCAAGGUAGAAGAGUUCCGCACAAAAGAAGAGGGCAAAGAGUAUCCAGAAGGAUUCUGGGAGGAACGAUUCAAAGGAUUCACUGAUCACAAGCAACACGGCUCAAGCAGCGUCGGAGUCGACAUUUCAUUUGUCAAUUUCAAAACUGCCUAUGGUCUUCCAGAACACGCUGACGCGUUUGCUCUUCGCAAUACAGUCGGAAACAGUGAUCCUUACCGUCUUUACAAUUUAGAUGUUUUCGAGUAUGAACUGAACAAUCCAAUGGCACUUUAUGUUUCAAUUCCAUACAUUUUGGCUCACCGUGCUAACAGAUCGGUUGGAGCAUUAUGGUUCAACGCAGCGGAAACAUGGGUUGACACUCAGUCAUCUGUUACAUCAAAGGGACUUUUUGGAAAAAUGCUCGACAAAGUGACUGGAUCCAGUGAUAAUGUUCCACAUUUUGAUGCUCACUUUAUAUCUGAAUCCGGCCUUGUAGAUGUUUUCUUUUUCGUUGGACCAACUGUGAAGGAUGUCCAACGCCAGAAUUCAAAGCUGACAGGCGUCACUCCACUUCCACCUCUCUUCUCUAUCGGAUAUCAUCAAUGUCGCUGGAAUUAUAAUGAUGAACAAGACGUAGCUACUGUAAAUCAAGGAUUUGAUGAUCACGAUAUGCCCAUGGAUGUAAUCUGGCUUGACAUUGAGCACACCGACGGAAAGAAAUAUUUUACAUGGGACAAGCAUAAGUUCCCAACUCCAAAUGAUAUGGUUGAUAAAGUUGCUGCAAAAGGUAGAAAAAUGGUUACUAUUGUCGAUCCUCACAUCAAAAAAGAUGAUGGAUAUUAUGUGUACAAGGAUGCUAAAGACAAGGGAUUGUUUGUCAAAAGAGUUGAUGGAUCUGAUUUUGAAGGACAUUGUUGGCCAGGAUCCAGUGAAUAUCUUGACUUCUGGCAUCCAGAUACACGGUCAUACUGGAAGGAUCAAUUCGCAUUCGAUAGAUACACCGGAUCGUCAAGCAAUCUUCACAUUUGGAACGAUAUGAAUGAACCAUCUGUGUUCAGUGGACCUGAAAUAACAAUGGACAAAGAAUCAAUUCACUAUGGUGGAAUCGAACAUCGUGAAAUUCACAACAUGUAUGGAAUGAUGUACACAUCUGCUACUUUUGAUGGCAUGAUUGCUAGAACAGGCGGAAAAGAACGUCCUUUCCUUUUGAGUCGUGCUGGAUUCAUCGGAACUCAACGAACCGCGGCAAUCUGGACUGGAGACAACACUGCCGAUUGGGGACAUCUUGAAAUCGCCGCCCCAAUGACCCUCUCAUUGAGUAUUGCCGGAGUUCCAUUUGUUGGAGCAGAUGUCGGAGGAUUCUUCGGAAAUCCAGAUGAACAAUUGCUCUCCCGUUGGUAUCAGACUGCAGCCUUCCAACCAUUCUUCCGUGCUCAUGCUCAUAUUGAUACUCGCCGUCGUGAGCCGUGGCUUUUCUCGGAGCAAACUCAGCAGAUCAUUCGUGAAGCUUUAAGAACCCGUUAUGCUCUUCUCCCGUACUGGUACACUCUUUUCCAGCAACAUACUGAAAAUGGAGUUCCACCAAUGAGACCAUUAUUCUAUGAAUUCGAAAAUGACGAUUUAUUGCUCGAAGAGCAGAAGCAAUGGAUGGUUGGAAGUGGAAUCCUCGCAAGACCAGUUGUCGAAAAGGAUACUUUCAAUGUUCAAGUAAAACUUCCACGAGGAGAACACAAGACGGAGAGAUGGUUUGAAUGGGUUUCUGGAAAUGAAGUUCGUGGUGAAUCAAUCUACGUUGACGCUCCAAUCACAUUCACUCCUAUUUAUCAACGUGGAGGAACUAUUAUUCCAACCUGGCAACGAAUCCGUAGAUCCGCAACACUCAUGAAAGACGAUCCAAUUACUUUGUUUGUUGCACUUGACUCAAAUGAAAAUUCCAACGGAGAAAUUUACUUGGAUGACGGAAAUACUCAUGAUUAUCAAAGCGGCCAGUUUGUGAAGGCUUCGUUCAAGUACACAACAUUGUCUAAGAAUUCUGCAAUGCUAGAAGGAGAGCAUCUCGAUGGAAAGUACGCUGCCAAGAAUUGGAUUGAAAGAGUUGUUGUGCGCGGUGUGGAGAGCUCACCGAAAAAAGUUGAGAUCACCCGUGUCUCCGAUCCAGUUCAAUCACUCGAAUUCUCCUACGAUCACGACUCGAAGGUUCUUGUCAUUCGCAAACCCGAGGCUCUUCUUACGUCGAGCUUCAAAGUUCAUAUCGAAUUUUAAUCUUUCCACACUCUGUUCAUCGUUUAAAAAUUGGGUUCCUUUUCGGUAUCAUUUCAUAUGUAUUUAUCUGAACGUCAAUUGUACUUUUUUCUCCAACAGUUGGGGUUUCUUUAUUGCUUUACUAUCCAUCCCCAUGUUCUUGUCCGUUUUUUUCUCUAGUUGUGUAUUUCCCCACCCUCUUCCGGGAUCUGAAUGUUUUAGAACAUCGCCAUUUUUCUUGUGAUUGUUUCAAUGUUAUAAUGUUAUUUUUCCCCUCCUACGAAUUUGAGUUAUUGUGAUUUUUUUUCCAGUUUUAAUUUAAAAAAAUAUUUUUUCGCAUCG